AAAACAGGAAAGAGGAGGAGGAGUACAGUCUAUAAGUGUAUAACUGGAGAUCACAGAGUCUCAUUGAGCAGCAAGACAGGAUGGAACUCACACCACUCUGCUGGCAGCUCUUGUUGUUGAGUACACUGGUGUACUGUAGCCUCGGACAAGGUGGAGCAUCUCUGAGUGUCAGUCCUGACAGUUCUCAGUUCCUUAAAUAUGAGUCUGUCUCUCUGAGCUGUGAGGUUCGGGGGAAUUCUGCUGGAUGGAGACUGAAGAGAUGUACACUCUAUGGGGAGUGUUCAGAUUGUGGAAUAAAAUGGGGAAAACCACAAGGGUCUUCAUGCAUCGUGUAUCUAAUACCAUCACACAGUGGAGUGUACUGGUGUGAGUCUGGGUCUGGAGAACACAGCAACGCUGUCAACAUCACAGUACCUGUUGGUGCUGUGAUCCUGGAGAGCCCUGCCCUUCCUGUGACUGAGGGAGAUUCUGUGACUCUGCGCUGCAGAUAUCAGGGAACUCCCUCUAACCUCACAGCUGAUUUCUACAAAGAUGGAUCCCUCAUCAGGACUGAGACUACAGGAGAGAUGACCAUCCCUGCAGUAUCCAAGUCAGAUGAAGGACUCUACAAGUGUACCAACUCUGAAGGAGAAU